AUGGCUCCCGAGAUGAGCGGCUGCUUGCUGCACUUCGCGGUGGACGUGUGCCGCAAGCUUCAGGAGGGCGGUGACACGCGCAACCUGCUGGUGUCGCCCCUGCUGCUUGCCGGAAUGCUGGUGAUGCUGCUGCAUGGCUGCGCGACUCGCACGUGUGCCUCGGCGGCCGCCCUGGGCAAGGCCCUGCACGUGCACUGGGCGCCGUUCUGCAUGGCACGCGCGUACGACCAUGUGGCUGGCGCCACCCUGGCGCCCUUCCGGAGGCCCAGGCUUCACGCGCAGCGCUUCACCAAUACCAUCUUCAUGGCUCUUUUCCACGACGACAGCGUGCCGCUCACCCGCUCCUACUACCAGAUGCAGGAUCGCCUAUCGUACCUGCUGAUGAGACGCAACUUCGCGCACGACGCGGAGCAGUGUCGCUUCUCGAUGGACGCCCUGGCCCACGCCGUAUCUUCAUACUCCUUCAAGCCGGGCGUCGAUGUCUUCCCGCGGUGCUCAGUGGACGAGCACAGUCUGGUCGUCCUGCUUUCCUGGAUCCGGCUGGAAGGGUCGUGGAAACACUCGUUCCAGCAGGUCAGCGGAGGCUUCCACGAGACGCCCGAGGCCACCGUCCCCGUGUCCAUGAUGCGACAUACGGGCUCCUUCCGCACGUGCCGCUCCUCGGAGCUUGAGAUCCGUGACUUCCUGCGUGGGACGGUGUUGGAGCUACCGCACGAAAACCGCGACGUGUCGCUGGUAAUACUGCUGCCGCAACGCCUCGAUGGUCUGGCGGCGCUGGAGAAGCGCGUCACGGCUGCCCGCUUGCUUCACUGCGUGGCACGACUCGAGGAGUGGCACAACAUGACCGUCUACUUGCCCAGGCUCAAGAUGAAGAGCGGCACCGACCUUGGACCCGUGCUCAAGGACAUGGGUCUGGGCGUGCUCUUCACUGACGAGGCGAACCUCAGGUGCCUGAGCAAGGCGGAAGGCGCUCACCUCUCGGGUGCCCGUCACGUAGCCGUUCUGCACGCCAGCCCUAAAGGCGCUGUUGACUCGGACAACGACGUCUCACCUCCUCCAAUCAGUCGCUGCGUUGUCAGUGGGACAGUCACUCCACCGUCGGCGUCCGCCAGUUGUCCCGCCAGUACUACGCCGGAAGGGGCGCUGUCUCCUUCGUCUCCUUCCUCCCCGACAGCCGACUCUUCCAGCGGCUUGAACACCAGCACCGCUCUCGACGAGCCGUCCCGCUCCGCGUCGCAGUUCGUGGUCGACCGGCCCUUCAUGCUGCUGAUGCUCAAGAGAAGACCCGACGUCGUGCUCCUGCUCGGCACCGUCAAGAAGCUCGUCUAG